AUGGGAGGUCUAGGCCGCACUUUUGAUGGCGGAUACUCAGAGUAUACCUGUGUGUCAGUGGAUAACGUGCAGGCCAUCCCGCGGGACGUAGCUGACGGGCUCGGCUGGAUCACCCUCGGUGCAAUGCCAGAGAUGUUACAAACCGCGUGGGGAUCGCUAUUUAAAGCACUGAAGCUGGGCAAAGGCGAUAAGCUCCUUAUCCGUGGAGGAACAACAAGCGUCGGUCUCGCCGCUGCUUCACUUGCUGCUGAACACGGGGCAACGGUCAUGGCUACGACGCGAAGGUCCAACAAGGGCGUCGAUGAUCUCAUGAAACGGCAUGGUGUAGGAGAGGUGGUGGUCGACACAGGAAGAAUUGCACAAGAGGUGUUAAACAUUUGGCCUGGAGGGGCUGAUAAGGUGUUGGAGCUAGUUGGAACUUUGACCUUGGACGACUCGAUGCAGUGCGCAAAAGAAGGUGGCAUUGUCUGCAUGUCUGGCAUAGUGGGCAACGAGUGGGCGUUGAAUAACUGGAAUCCGAUGGAAUCUAUUCCCUCGGGAGUCUAUCUCACUGCUUACAGUGGUGGGCCAAAGGAGUUCAUGGAGACACCUUUGGAUGUUCUGGCGCGGAAGAUCAAAGAUGGAAAGCUGGAGUUGCGAAUUGGCAAGACUUUCAGUUUGGAUGAUAUUGUAGAUGCACAUCAGUUUUUGGAGGAGAAUAAGGCCUUGGGUAAAAUUGUGGUACUGGUCUAG